CCGAAAGAACAACUGGAUGGCAUCGAUUUAUUACAUCGAUCAGAGCAAGACUGACCGUAGCCCAAGUCGUAGAGAAUGUUAAGAUGCAUGCUUCAUUAACAUUUGAUUUCAUUUUUCUCAUACUGAUUUCAACAACCAUGUGUGCAAUUGGAUUAGUUGAAAAUAGCAAUGUCUAUCUUCUUUCCAGUAUGGUUAAAGGUCCUGUAAUGGCAGGUACAUUCGGAUCAGUCAUCCAGCACAGGGGCUUAUUGAAAAUUGGCGUGCGAAACGAAAUUAUUGGAAUGGGAAUAGCCACCCUCGUAGGUUUUUGUUACGGAUCUGUAAUCUGCGCUUUCACAGAUAUAUAUGGCACUCAAACAUGGCCAACUUAUGAAAUGCUCUCAAGAGGUGAACUUCGAUACCUGUGGGUAGGAUGUUUGAUCGCACUACUAUCUGGAGCUGUCGUUGCUUUGGGAGUCCUCAGCGACAAUAUAGCGUCUCUUGUUGGAGUUGCCAUUUCAACGUCCAUAACACCACCAGCUGUAAAUGCAGGAUUGCUUUGGUCCCUCGCUUCCAUUUAUUUUCUCAAAGGAGAUCUGACCACAAGAUUAGAACAGCUCACGCUCCAUAAUUACUACUUCGAUGAUCCAAUAAGUGAACUGAUUGCUUUAGGAGCGGUCAGUAUCUGCAUCACUUUCACCAACAUUAUCUGCAUCUAUGCAGCUGGGAUUAUAGUAUUCAAG